CUGGCGAGAGCAAACGAGGAUUGCCAGAGCAGCAAGAAGACACUUGGUCGGCAGAAAAGGCCAAACCAUCCCAGUCUCGGAAAUUACACUGUCACUGUCUCCAAUGCAAAUCGUCAAGAGGCCCAAGACGGACACGACAGUACCAGCGUCAGACCCGCAUCAUAUGCAAAGAGUGAAGAUAUUACGACCAAAUCGAUGGACCACAUCGGGCGCAUUUUGAGAAACUCGCUCUCUGUUGGUGUUGUUAAUAACCAUGCCGACUUGCAGUGCCGGAAGACGACUACAGGCGCUCCGUUUCGGAGAACAACCAGCGUUGAGGAAGUCAACCGCUAUACAUCCAACUCUUGGUGUGUAGCAGUGUGGAAGCAUAUACUGUUCUUGCAGGACCACGCACGUCUGAAAUUCUAUCAGAAGGCAUUACAAGACCGUUCAUAUUGCGGACCGCAGGUUACACGAGAGAACCAGAAAGAUUAUGAGCUGCAAGAAGGGCAAGAUGCCGCUUCAGCGAACGACAUACUUGGCGCGACACCGACACCAACAGGCCCCUUGAAACAAAAAAAAACGCAUAGGCAGGGGUGCCAGAUUUUGGACCUCGGAUCGGGCAGCGGCAUACUAGCCAUCCUUGCGGCCAAGCAAUACCCCAAUGCCGACGUGGUAGCGGUAGAAGGAAAUCCAGAGAUAGCUGUGAUUGCUCAGCAAGCGUUCUUCGAUUUUGGGGUGAGCGCAAGAAUUGCACUGGUAGCGCGACCGACUUGGCAAAUAGCCCGCGAAGAAAUGCAAGCGGCUCUGGAUAGUAUCGGAAGCAGCACCGCUUCCGCUCAUUCGGAAGGGCAACUUCAGAGACGACGACCCGACGCAAUAGACAAUGGUGCCCUCCCGGCGGCAGGCUCAUCUAGUGUGAUACUUUCACGACAACUCGUCAGGAGGGCUGAGGACCAAAAAGUGAGGCAAGAAAACGAUGACGGGUUUCAGCAGCCACUCUUUGACCUGCUGGUCACGGAGACCUUUGGCUCGCUACUCCUGGGCGAAUACGCUGAUCUGUCGAUUGCAGAUGCAGUUCGUCGCUUCGGGGCGCACGCUGUGCUGCCUGAAAACGGCCGCCAGUACAUGCAACUUGUUACGUUUUCAUCUGCUCGGCAAGAACAAGAAGACGAACGGACGACACGGAAACGCCCUGGCAGCACUUCUGAAAGGGACGAGAACCAACCGACCUCACCUCGACCUCGCGCCGGUGGCAAAGACGAAAACACGCCUUCACGGCCAUCAAGGGGCCUCAUCUUUGGAGACGACCGGCGAGAGGCAGCAGGGCAGGCCAAAACAACAAGUGAAGCAGCUGCUGCAACAAGAACAAUCACUCAGUUGCCUCCAUCCACCCGGUCGUUCCUGGGGCCGCGCAGAACAAGCCUUGUCCGCGACUUGGGGAUGCUAGGUUCUUCUCGUUCUCCUCUACAGGCAACAUCAGCGUUAUCGUCGAGUGCGUACCUGGACGGAAGAAGUACAAGUAGCAGUAUGAAAAUUCCGUCAUGCCUUCGUGAUGAGGCUUUUCCUGCUCGGGCAGCGCGUCUUGAUGCUGCCCGACGAGCGUCUUUUACUCCUGGCACACGACGCCACGUACCCGCUUCCGAACUAAAGCCCUUAAGCAGCCUAGUUCAUGACCUUCACCCAUCCUUGAUGCCGUCUCUCUUCCAAGGCGCGGUCAUCGGCAGAAGAAGGUCGCCAGGAAAUAAGUUGGCAAGUCGUUCGAAGAUGAAAGACGAGGAUGAGAACGUCAUCUCGGCACGAGAAGUAGUACUAAAAGAGCCGCCGGCAAGAGCGUUUGCCAGCGCCGAUAGGGGUACAGAAGCAGGGAGCAGCGAUGAAUUCUUGUCCGCUCCUUUUGAAUUUUUAUCCGCCAGGACUCUGGGUCUCCACUUGGAUUUCUCCAUGCGCACGGGCGGCGGGUCUCGAAAAAUCAUGCAAGCUGACAUUCUUGUUGCUGGAGAUGGUCCAGCUGGCGCUGAGGUCGUAAGACAGCAGACACUCGAUGCCAUUAUCCUGGAUUGGGCCAUCUGUCGAGAUGAUAUCAAAAAUCAGCUGCCUGAUCGUCGUGGUCGUGUUCUUGUUCAAGAACAACCACACAGCAAGAAGGUCGACCCAGAGCCAGACCCGGCAACGGGAACGCGGGUCACAAACGAUCAUGACGCCGGCGCCUACAAAGUCUAUUCGACUUCUUCCUGCUUAGACAAUCAGUCGAUAUUCACACCACGCAUUUAUUCAUCAUCCGUCGAAACCCCGCAUAACCGGGGCAACAGCACCUCCCAGAUGAACAAGGAGGCGCAUGGAGUUUUUAAGGCAAACACGUUCAACGCGGUCAGGGAGCUGGUAUGGACGCCCUUGGUGGUGCGAUUUGUCACGCCCAUAGCUGUGGCUCCGGGGGAGACUCUCCGCGUCAACAUCGACGCGCACACUGGCGAACUAUUGCGCCUCUGCUCGGCGGCAGUGUAGCGGGAUGCUUGUACAUCAUGUUGCAAGAGGACAAAUGUGUGUGUGUCUCCUCGGUCUGAAAGUUUAUUUGUUGUCAUGAUAAUGGCUGAGGGUGAGUGCUGCUGCUGACCAAGACCAGGUAAUACUGUUGACUGCAACACGCAGCCAGCCAUUACAUUUUUUUUUUAAUUUACAGUUUUUUUUAAAAUUCACUACCUAGUAUUAUUUCAUGCUCUCAUUGAGAUUGACAUGGACUUCGACUUACUGAUAUACUAGGAAUACUACCUGUAGUACCUUCUAGCAUUGCUGGACGCCCGCCUUUCAUUGCACUCGGUAUUGAAUAAGCUGAAACAUUUUCAUGGUGCGGCAUGUAACUGCUCUCAUGGAGUAGAUGCUCCUGGGCGCAAAGGUGAGCCUGAUUUUCAAAUGCGUGCUGUGGUGAAAGGAUCUGUAUUGUAUAAUUGAAGAAAAAAUAAAUGAACCGUCGGAAAGAUGAACAUCAGAAUGAACAGGCUCAGGCAUCAACACAAACACUGUCCCUCUCUAGCCGUUUACCGUCCCUGACUCCUAU